UGAUAAAACGGACAACAAGAUAAAAUUAAUGUUCCUCAGUGCGAUUUAUUUUAAGGGCACCUUGAAAUCUCCAUUUUUAAAGGACAAUACAUUUUGAGGCAAGUUUUUCGUUCGGGAAAAAUCAGGAGAAACACGCACUACCCGGGUUGAUAUGAUGGGUCAAGUUGGCCGUUUCAAGUCUAGCUACAUUAUGCCUCUGGAUGCUGACUGCUUAGAGCUGCCAUAUAAAGACUCAAUGCUCUCACUGGUUAUUCUGCUGCCUAGAGAAUUGGACGGCAUUAAUAGGCUUGUGGAAGAUCUGGAUGACCUUCACCCGGACGAUAUCCCACCCGAAUCCGAUGAGCAAAGAAUGGCAGUUCUUUUGCCAAAAUUUAAAUUUGAUUUUGAGGCCGAACUGAGUGAUGUUGUAAACAAUUUGGGCGCUAAAUCAUUAUUUCGAAAUGCAAAUAUGGAAUCGAUGACUGACGACAAGCGCCCAUUGCGAAUCAGCAAUAUCUUCCAGAAAGCCGUUUUUGAGUUGGAUGACGAAGAUGCCGCGCCGGCAACUGCCGAAGAGUUCAAUAGAUUUUUGCCCCGAGCUCGAGAAGAUAUUAUUGUAAACCAUCCAUUUGUAUUUUUAGUCAAAGACGAGAGUAGGAUUUAUUUUGCGGGGCGUGUGAUUAAUCCGCAAUAAAUGGCAUCAUUUACAAAUUGCUGAUAAAUAAAGUUUCGCAGCAUGAUUUAGUCAUA